UUUCGACCUCUAUAACACAACGCCCCGGCUCGGCUGCCGUUCUUCUUCUCCCGCAAGGAAAAAAAAAAGCAAGCACCCUUCUCCGAUCGUCAGGCGGCGAGCGACGAGCUCGUUUCAAGAGGCCAGGGUUUGUUUCGUGCCGGACCGUGUCGCGAUCCCCGAUGGCGGAGCCGGCGAAGCCCGAGGUGACGGAGGAGGCCAAGAUGGACCUGCUCGAGGACGACGACGAGUUCGAGGAGUUCGAGAUCGACCAAGAGUGGGAAGACAAGGAAGAAGGCAAUGAAGCACUUCAGCAAUGGGAGGAUGACUGGGAUGACGAUGACGUCAACGAUGACUUCUCGCUGCAGUUGAGGAAGGAGCUGGAGAGCAAUGCGCCCAAGAACUAGCCGGCGUAUGCAGCCUUGUAUUGAGUUGGAGUGGUGUCCAAGAACUAGUUGGCGUAUGCAGCCUUGUAUCCAUUAUUAUCAGGUAGGAACUAGUGACGAUGGUUGGGAAACUGCUACUGUUCCGUUCUGGUCCUUGUUGGCAUGGCCACUGACGUAGUCGUUCCGUUUGCUUGGAUCAUUUAACCACCGAGUUACAUGUUACCUAUAUCUUGUUC